AUGGGAAUCCCAAACAAACCAUUGUUGUUGUUCCUCCUAAUCAUCACCAUCACCUUCUCUUCUCUUCUCACACUCUCCGCCUCCCAUUCUUCCCCUUCCCCAUCCCCAUCCUCCGCCGCAGAUGACGACGAAGAAACCACCGCAUCAUCACCAUCAUCUUCCACCGGAGAAGAAGAAGUAGAAGAAGAAGAGGAAGAAACAGACGCUACUGAUUCCUCUCCAUCUCAAUCUCCCUUGUCGUCGUUGUUCGGAUCCCCCAGCCCGUCUCCCGACCCUGCCUUGAAAUUCUCCUCCAAGUUCCACCGCCGGAUGCAAGAGACCGCGGCGUCCCCGGCGGCGGCCGACCGCUCGUCGAAGCUGGUGGCCCAGCUCUGCGCCGGGACGGAGAACCCGGCCAGGUGCACGGCGUACUUCCACUACUCCAAGUCCGACGACGCGGCGCAGAUCAUCGACGCGGAGCUGGGCACGCUGAACACGCUGCUCAUUGAGGCCAGGUCCGCCGCCGUCAGGGCCCAACAUCAGGGCCGGGCCUCCCCCGACGUGGCCCAUGGGCUCGACGUGUGCGUGGAGAAUUACGACAAGGCCAACGCCAACCUGGACCGGGCCUCCGUCGCGUGCGCCAAGUGCGUGGGCCCCAACAAGGCGACGGAGUGCACGGCGAAGGAGGUCGGGGAGGUGAAGACGAUGCUGAGCGCCGUCAUUAGCAACAUCGGGUUCUGCGACGAGGCCUUCGACGGCCAAGGAUUGCCCCGGCCGCCGACCAAGGCAAUUAACGAGGCCGUGGUUGAGCUGGCUGACUGGUUGUUGGAGUUCUCCAAGAAAUUGGAUGAAUGA